GGCAGGGACGGGGGCACCGACGUGAUGCCAGAGCUGCGGGGCAGCCGGGACGGCACCCCGAGGGCCGAGACCGCGCGAGGGCGGCGGCGCCCCGGUGCCGCCUCGGGGGCCGUGACCGCAGCCGUGACCGGGGCCGGGCCGGGGCCGGCGCCGCCGGGGAGGGGUUUCCCCCGCCGCGGCUUAAGUGGCUGCCGGGGGCGGAUCGCCGUGCCGCCAUGCCGCCCUCCGCGCUGCUGCUGCUGCCGCUGCUGCUGGCGGUGCCCGCCCCGGCGGCGGGGGGCUGCGGGCCCUGCGAGCCGGCGCGGUGCCCGGCGCUGCCGCCGCGGGGCUGCCCGCUGGGCCGGGUGCGGGACGCCUGCGGCUGCUGCUGGCAGUGCGGCCGCGGCGAGGGCGAGGCGUGCGGCGGCGGCGGCGCGGCGGGGGGACGCUGCGCCCCCGGCCUCGAGUGUGUGAAGAGCCGCCAGCGCCGCAAGGCCAAGGGCGGCCCGGCCCCGGGACCCCCCGCCGCCGCCGUCCCCCCCGGCGUGUGCCUCUGCAAGAGCCGGUACCCGGUGUGCGGCAGCGACGGGCUCACCUACGGCAGCGGUUGCCAGCUCCGCGCCGCCAGCCUGCGCGCCCAGAGCCGCGGCGAGCCCGCCAUCAGCCAGCGCAGCAAGGGCGCCUGCGAGCAAGGACCCUCCAUUGUGACCCCUCCUAAGGACAUCUGGAAUGUGACAGGAGCACAGAUCUACCUGAGCUGUGAAGUCAUGGGCAUCCCAACCCCUGUCCUCAUCUGGAACAAGAUAAUUCGGGGACAGUAUGGUGUCCAGAGGAUGGAGCUUCUGCCUGGGGACCGGGAAAACUUGGCUAUCCAGACCCGAGGCGGCCCUGAGAAACACGAAGUGACUGGCUGGGUGCUCAUAUCUCCUCUGAGCAAAGAGGAUGCUGGAGAAUAUGAGUGUCAUGCAUCAAAUGCCAAAGGAGAGGCAACAGCUUCUGCAAAAAUCCAUGUUGUGGAAGCUCUGCAUGAAAUAGCCCUGGCCAAAGAUGAUGGUGCAGAGCUGUGAUGUGGUGUGAUGUGAGGACUUUCACUUACACACAGUUUCAGAUUAGUAUUUUGGAAAGCUGCAACCUCUGGCUUUUUCUGGCUCACUAAUCAUUGCCUCUUAAGUUCCUUAUUCUUUGAUUACCAAUUUGCUUGCAUACUUCUUUCACAGAUACACAAAUAAAGAAAUUCACAAGUCUGAUUACAAAUUUUAAUUCUAUUUACAGGAAAUAAACGUACUCUUGAACAGCA